UUGGUCAGAUAUUGUGCGUGUUUUUCGUUCGGCUGUUUGAAAAUCUAGUGAAUUUGCAUUUAAAAUACUUAAAAUAGUAAAACAUCAUAGUUAGAAACUAUCUGGCUUGUGUGUUCUUGCUUGCUAUUAUGUGCCAAGAACGCUGGGCUUUAGUUUCUACAUGAUACAAGUCAGCAAAAAACAAUCCUGGAGUGUUCGAGCAAAUGCUGAUAGCCCAAAGUCUCUGAGCUACGAAGGAACAAUUCAAGAUUUUCUACCUCUUGCCUAUGUGAUCCUACUCAGUUAUUAUUUUGCUAUUCGCGCACUUAAACUCUCUGGCGAGAUAGCAGCCAAAAUGCAAAAUUGGGUUUGAUCAACAUUGGACGGCCUGGUAGAAAAUUGAAGGCAACAAAAAAAGCAAAAGCGUUUAUUUAGUUAGAUUUAGUGAUAUUCCGAUCUGGUGGGGUGAGAAAUCAAGUAACAAUCGGGAAAAUGGAUCCUCCUAUUCCGAAACCGCCUUCCUCUGACGGGCAAAUGUGUUUACAACCUCCCCCGCCACCCGCAAUGAGUGAUCAAUCGGAAAGCGAAUGUUCUCAAUCCGUGAUGCGCAGGCGUUCGGUUGAACAAAUGUGUCCUUUCGCUAAACGAAUGAAGAUGAACAAUUUCUGCGAUGAUAAUUAUGAUGAGGGUGGUAAUAGCGCGGACGAGGAGCCAGACCGGAAUGAUGCAGAUGACGACUGUCCGAAAGGAAUUCCUACCCUGCGGGAAGCUAUGAACAAUAAUUUGCGGCAGUUUCAGGUGCUCGAUGAAGUCCAGGGAGACAUGUCGGAUGAAGAGAACGGAGGAAAUGCAGAUGAUGAUGGCAACGACAAUAGCUCCGAGGGGUCGGAACUCGACUAUGACGAGCUUGAGAAUUUGCUCGAUGAGGGACUUCCAGAGGGAAUGAGAGAAAGUGGUCCGAAAACAAAAGCAUACGAGGAACGUUUCAAAGAGGUUUUGGAGGAAAAGGGACGCAAUCACUUUGAGGUUCUCCCGGAAGGAUGGGUCCAAGCUACUCAUAUCAGUGGAAUGCCGAUAUUUCUGCACACCGCUUCGAGAGUUUGCACUGCGUCAAGACCAUAUUUUUUGGGUCCGGGAAGUGUGCGGAAACACGAAAUUCCACUCAGCGCUAUACCUUGUAUGAACUACCGUAAGGCUUUGGAGAAAGAAGACGAAAUUCGUAAAGAAAUUGAGGCUAAUGCUGCGGCAGCCGAGGAAGCCAAAGGCGAAGAAAGUGCCAAUAAUCAAAACGCACAGAAGCUGCAAAAGCAGAUGCAUAAUCCACAGCUCAGCAAAUUGAUUGCAAGUGCCAUAACACCCUCUGAAGCACAAGCCAAUGCUAAGAUGCUUCCGUUGAAAGUAACUGCCAGAAUCGAAACUGUCAAUGAAAAUUUGAAGGCUCAAUCGCUCACAGCCGAUGCAUUCCAAGAGUAUUGUAAAAAGCUUUUUAAGUUCAAAACAAUCCGUGUUAUGCGCUUCAAAUCGUGGGCUGCGCGAAGGAAGUUAACGAAACACAGGAAGCAUAUGAAGAAUUUACAGCGUCCAACGCUGCCGGACGGAACGAAACUGAUAACAUUUCCGGUAUUGCACAAUGAAGGCGAUAAAGGCAAUGGUCAUACGCGCCCGAAAAAAGAAUGGAUUAUGAAUCCGAACGGGAAAAGUUACGUUUGCAUUCUCCAUGAGUAUGUCCAGCAUGCACUGAGGAAGCAACCGAGUUAUGAAUUUAAAGAGCUUGAGAAUGCGGCCACCCCAUAUUCCGCUACCGUAUCUAUCAAUGAUCUCAAGUAUGGGACAGGGUAUGGAACGAGUAAAAAGCAAGCCAAAAGCGAGGCAGCGAGAGAGACGCUCGAAAUUUUGAUCCCCGAUAUGAAAGAUAAGAUCACCAGCAAGGAUGCCAAGAAGGAUCAAAACGGUUCUACGGAGACACAGACUGAAGCACGGAAUUUAUCGGUAUUCGAUGAGAUCAAAAUCGAAGACCCAAGGGUGGCAGAAUUCUGUGCCAAAACAACCGAGCCAUCCCCGCAUACCAUCCUACAAACGUGUCUGCAGCGAAAUUUUGGACUCGGCGACGUCCAGAUUCAGUACGACGUUAAGGCCGGAAAGCAUCGGAAAAAUGAGUUCACCAUGACGGUGGGGAAACACACGGCGACCGUGGUGUGCAAAAACAAGCGGGAUGGAAAACAGCGAGCGUCGCAGGCAAUUCUACAGAUUCUCCAUCCGCACAUCAAGACUUGGGGUUCGCUGUUGCGCCUGUACGGUAACCAUUCGAUUAAAUCGUACAAAGAGAAAAAACAGGAAGAACAGGAAAUCACGGUACUGCAGAGCAAAGCUGCCAUCAACCAACCGAACUAUGCAAUCCUUCAGAAGCUUAAGCUGGAGAUGUCCAAGCUAGAAGAGCGCCAGAAAAACGUACGGGUCAUUGGUACGUUUGUGCCGAAUGUCGAACUGCCAAAAGCAUCCGGCUCGAACCUGAAGAAUGUUGAUCUUUAGAGAGGACGGAGGAGACAGCACAAGAAUUCGAUACACUUUACGCUUUACUGUACUUCAUCUGAAUGCUUUUUAGAACUUAAUAGGUUAUUAGGUCAUCCUUUGUAAUUCUGAUUGAAAAAUAAAAUCAUAAAAAAAAUUAUUAU